GCCCUCAUUCAUUUCCUUGCUUCUACCAUUCCAAUCCUUUUCUCUAUUCUGAUUUCACCUAGCUUUCUCCUUUGUCUUUGCUCUUCCUGGUACCUCCUCGUUUUUCACAGCUAUCUCGGCGGACACCGUUCAGCAGCUUUUGUUUGGUGCCACUUCUUUCUCCGGGGCCGUCAUGGCUUCUCAGAUUCCUGUGGGCCUUGUUCUUCAGGUAUGUUACCUCUUGCCUCUUUGCACCUCCCCGCACUUGUAUCGCGGAAUUCUAAUUCCAAAGCGAUCCAGGGCUUACAAACCGCUCCUCCGGGAUUGCUUUUUCAUCUCUCGACCGCGAUCACGUCUCCUUGGUCUUCGGCAAAUAAAGCGGUUCAGGCUACAAAAGCGCCGUCUGGUAUUAGUGGAAAAUCCGCGACCCCGGUGAAGGUAUUAUCCGGUGCUGGCGUUCUGGUUGAUAGAGAGAUAUUUCAUCCUGACGUAUGAUGAUUUCUAGCAUUCCACCACGGAACUACCCGAUUUUAUGAAAGCUUAUCCGGAGCUACGAUCACCUCGAUAUACUGGGCCACCUCUGCUUGCGUCCGGCAUCCUUCAGUCUGGUGGGUUUCAUUUCUGCCUAUCGCUAUUUGAUAGUUUUUAAUUGAAAAUCAGCCUUCGGAAAACCCGAUGUUCAGCCAUGGUCCACUACUUUUUCGUCGGUUCCUGGCACUUCGCGGCACUUCUCUACUCUUCCGGUCUUCUCUUUUCGUCGCAUCCUCCCGCCGGUGCCUAAACCUGUUACUCGAAUCCAAGCUCGUACUUUUAUUCUUCCCGGUCCCUCUCAACAGAUCCUGUAUCGAGCGGAGCAAGCUGCCAAUGCUGCUCCGCAGAGUGCUGUUGCCCAGGAAAAGUUUUACGACACACUGCUCCGUGCCAACCUUCCACAAUUCGUCAUCGAUCGUUACCAAGCUGGGCAAUAUGCUACGAGUCGGGCUUGUGAGGACAAAUACGUCAAGGCACUUGAAAACACUGGUCAGAUUGAAAAGGCUCGCAUGAUCUUGGAUAGAAGGAAUGAAAUCGUGGAGAAUAAUUCUUUGACAAAUGGAGAAAUUCAGGCUAUUAGUCAAGCUAUUGCUGCCCAAUCUCGCGGUGGAACCUUUGCAACUGGCCGUGGCGCCCCUGGAAAUGCUGGCUAUGGUCGUGGUGCUGAAAAGGAUAGCCCGAUUCAUGUUGUCGUUGACGAGUCUAUCAGUGGUGUUGUGUUCAAAUGGGUCAAGUUCCUCUUCUACUUUGGUCUCACUACAUAUUUCCUCUUAGUCUUCCUUACUCUCGCCAUUGAAGCCACUGGUCCGAUGAGGAAAGCUACCGGAACCCAAUCGAAUGAAGCUCAAGCAUCUCAGCAAACCGCCCGAUUUACUGAUGUGCAUGGGUGCGAUGAAGCCAAGGAGGACCUCCAGGAGUUGGUCGAAUUUCUGAAGGAUCCUACCCAGUUUUCAACUCUUGGUGGUAAAUUGCCGAAAGGUGUGCUUCUUGUUGGGCCGCCCGGAACCGGAAAAACUCUUCUUGCUCGUGCGGUUGCCGGAGAGGCGGGUGUUCCAUUCUUCUUCAUGUCUGGCAGCGAAUUUGACGAAGUUUAUGUCGGUGUCGGAGCUAAACGUGUUCGGGAACUCUUCGCCCAGGCUCGUGCUAAGGCACCUGCUAUUGUUUUUAUCGAUGAAUUGGACGCCAUAGGUGGCAAGCGCAAUGAACGUGAUGCCGCAUAUGUUAAACAGACACUCAACCAAUUGCUUGUGGAUUUGGAUGGCUUUUCCCCUAACAGCGGAGUCAUAUUUUUAGCCGCCACCAACUUCCCCCAACUUCUCGACAAAGCCCUUACCCGACCUGGCCGCUUUGACAGGAACAUCAACGUCCCGUUGCCUGAUGUCCGUGGAAGAAUCGCCAUUCUCAAGCACCAUGCUAAAAAUAUCAAGAUUGCUCCCGAAAUCGAUCUUUCCAUUCUCGCCAGAGGCACACCGGGAUUCUCCGGUGCCGAGCUGGAAAACUUGGUUAAUCAAGCAGCCGUUCGGGCGAGUAGGCUGAAGGCUACCAGUGUUGGAAUUGAGCACUUUGAAUGGGCCAAGGAUAAAAUUGUUAUGGGAGCCGAGAGGCGAAGCGCCGUCAUCCCUGAAGAGGAGAAGAAAAUGACUGCCUAUCAUGAAGGGGGUCAUGCUUUGGUUGGGCUGAAGACUCAGGGUCACACUCCCGUGUACAAGGUUACAAUUAUGCCCAGGGGUCAGGCCCUUGGUGUUACUUCAUAUCUUCCCGAAGGUGACAGACUCUCCAUGUCAAAGAAACAAAUGAUUGCCCACAUCGAUUCCGCCCUUGGCGGCAAGAUUGCAGAGGAGAUUGUUUAUGGAACUGAGAAUGUUACUGGUGGAUGCUCUUCGGUAUGGUCCGGGUUUUAUACUUGCUUACCCUAUCAACACGUCGUACUAACAAAUUCAUCUAGGAUCUUCGCCAAGCGACUAGAAUCGCCCGCCGUAUGGUUAUGGAGUUGGGGAUGUCCGAACUUGUUGGAGACGUCGACGUAUCGGAAGGCUACCAGGAUCUCUCCCCAAAGACCAAAGAGCUUGUCGAAAAGGAGGUCCGACGAAUUAUCGAAGAAUCUCGUGCACGUGCUACUUCAAUCCUUACCGAGCAUCGCAAAGAAUUAGACCGCCUUGCGGAGGCGCUCAUGGAAUAUGAAAGUCUUAAUCUGGAUGAAAUGAAGAAGGUUAUUUCUGGCGAAAAGCUCCCAGAUAAGCUGAAAAUCCUCCCUAAUGCACCCAUCAAGCUCCCCGAGGGUGUAUUUGGUGGGCCAAAGUUGGAAGGCGGUCCGGCACCGGCAGGUGGGGUUGGUACAAAGACUGGAGAGAAACCAGUCUAAAUCAUCCGCCCCCCCUUUGUUUUUUUAUAAUCCAUAAUUGUAUGGGUGAAUGUAUCCGUUAGUUACUGCAUCUCGCUUUUUCCUUCCACAGCUUCCUUUUUGCACUUUAACCCCCCUCUCACUCAUCCUUCUGCUUGUGCGGAACGUCCCUCCACCCAACAUUCAUUUAUAGAUUGAGCGCCGGAGACAUAACACGAAGAAAGAAAAGGAGGAGAGAGAGGUGGGGGGGGGGGGGGGGGUAGUUUCUAAGCCAUGGGUUACUUUUUGCUCUCGUUCCUAUGGGAGAUGUGUGUUUUUCACUGUUAGGCGCUCAUCAUUUUUUUAUUUUCCUCAUCUGUUCAUUGGGUUGUGGGAGGGAGGAUGUUUCAUAAAUGGCAAAUCACGAUUGUGAGGGUUUUGCCUAGGCGCUGGUAACUUGAGUGAUAUCUCGGGGGGGAUGUAGUGUGGGUUUUGUGAGUUUAUAGGGUGGGGGAUCACGGAUAGAUGUGUACAUUGAAUUUCCUUCAGUUGCUGUAAGAAAACUUUUUGCUUUGUGC